ACAUGUCUGGUCAGAUAGUUUCCAGCUUUCUCAGCCGAAACACAUACAUAAUUUAGCAGAUUUUCUAUUAAAAAAAUGCAACCCAAACCCUCUUCAGCCAUGAGAUUUCUCACCAUCUCGACAGUCUUAAUAGCUUGGACAUCCAUGGUCACUGUGGAGAGUGGAUUCACCACUGUAAUUCAUGGCGAUUUGGAACUGGACGUGUCCGACGAGCAGCUCCCAUUUGACGACGCAUUUUUUGCCUGCUACCGAAACAACAAAACCUUACUUUCCGUCGACUCUGAAGGAAAGGAUCGCAUCUUGGUUGACCUCUUCAUAAACGGCGGCUCAAAUGUAACUCUACCCGGAACACAAAGUUGGAUAGCGGCCCGUGAGUCGCGCGAGGGGGUCUGGGUCAACGUCGUGGCAGGAAGUUUGCAGCCGCUUUAUUACACGAGAUGGUUCAUCGACCAACCCGACGAUACAGAAAAUCUUAGCUGCGCAUUCCAGCACACGCUAUUCGACCUCAACUGGCGGGAUGGGAACUGUUCGGCGCCAUUUUAUUUUAUUUGCGAAUCCACAAUCGCAAAAUAAGCUUGGACAUGACAUAUGUAAAACAAGUAAUUAUGAUCAGAGUAAAUUAUUGAUAAUAAUCUGUACCCAUUUAUUUGGGAAUAAACAUAAUUAGACUUGAAUAAAUAAGUAUAAUUGAGGACGGAUAGAAUUUCAUGUCCGGUUACCCCUCUAAUUGUUUAGGACUUACCAAAAUUACUGCAGUAAAGCAAAUUUCAAUUAACUAAAUUAC